CAGACACUCUAUAGAAUAAAGAAGGCGACCACUAGCUAGCAUAGAGUUCUGUCAUAUCAUAAGAUUUUGCCUUGUCGUGUGGUUCGACAACGGUAGCAUGCGCAUCAUAUUUGUGGUGGUGGUAUUGUGUGUAGCUGAAACGUACUGUAGAGGCUUUCAGUUGCAGUGCGGCCAACUGCCUGAGCUGGAACUGUCACAUGGCAACCAGCCAAAGGGGCCCGUGACCACAAGUUCACCAGAGGAGGUUGACUUUGAGACCAAUAUGUGGCACAAUAGUAUCCAUGGACAUGACUCGACAGCGAGUCCUGUGUGGUCUUCUUCUUUCCGCCCCCCACCAAAUUCAAACCUACCAAAUGCCGUAGAGUAUUAUUCUGUUUGGGACAAUCAUGCUAAAUACUUCAAUUGUAGCAAAGAGCCGUAGCUGGGACAUAUUAGAGACCGGCCCACUAGGACAUGAUCUGCAGAUCUACAAUGAUCUCCGGUGCAGAUAUACGGUACGUGCGCCAUGGUCGAGCCAGCCAC